AUGUCUUUGGAGGAAGCCGCAUCGGCCUUGGGUCUGGGAAGUAUCCCGGCGGUCACGCGGGCAAAUGUCAUUCCUCACACCCCGGGUAGGGAGACACAGCUAACCUGGGGGGGUCCUGCCACUAGGGGAAUCCGACCAAGCCGCUUAAGUGGGGGUGUACACCCCACUCCUGACCCCGCCCUUCCACCCUACACACCAUUUGAGGAUCGACAGCCUGAGAGGCCCAUGUGGCCUGAACCGCUCACCUACAAAUGCGAUUGGAUGAACGAGAGGCCUAUGAGGCCUGCACCACUUACCUCCAAACACGACCAACAGUCUCAGAGGCCUAUGAGGCCUGAACAGCUCAUUUCUGAGUUUGAUCCUGUUUGUGCUAUAGAGCUCACCUGGAACCCUACGACUGCACAGACUCAGCCUAAACCUGCAGACUUUAGUGUGCCCUUUCUCCCCGGGGAUGAUUUGCAACCCCGGACCUCCAUGUCUCACACAAUGCCUGCCCCAGUCCCUAUAAAUGCCAGAGUGUCCCCUGUGUUGAUGCAGUCGGAAUCGCCAAGCAACCUAGCCUCGUGGCCUUUGGAUACCGGCAUGACUGCUGCCAGACACCAGCCUGCAUCAGUAUACGCAACCUCUACAAGCACACUUUACCAAGUGCCCCCAUCUGCUCACAUCAACCAUGGGGGUGGGCAUGCCCAACCCCCAAUCCUGGAUCCAUCCCAGUCUGUGCUGUACCGUGGUGAGAAUACCCCGGCCACAUCCCCGAGUAUACCUUUGCCCAGUGCCUUGCAUCACCAGGGUAUCCCUGCAUCUAUACAUGUAGCUCCGCCUAUACUGACGCCCCACCCUGCCAUUUUAGAAUGGAGGGGGAGAGAAUAG